GGAAGGCGGCAGCACGGGUUUCAGCCGCUGCGAAGCGCGCCAGGGCAUAGGCGCGGCGAGGGUACAGCCAUGACCCUGCGGGCGGGGGGUUCUCGGCUGCUCGGCGGACUCCUGCUCUUCGCUCUGCUCGCUGCCGGCGCCGCGCCGCUCAGCUGGGAUCCCCCAGAGCCCCGCAGCCGGGCCAGCAAGAUCCGAGUGCACCCUCGAGGCAACCUCUGGGCCACCGGUCACUUCAUGGGUAAGAAGAGCCUGGAAACCCCCAGCCCAUUCCUCUUGGGGACAGCUCCCCACAUCUCCCUGAGGGACCAGAGACUCCAGCUGAGUCACGAUCUUCCCAGGAUCCUCCUGCUAAAGAAAGUUCUGGGCAUGAGCCUUAGCAGUCCAGCACCUCACCCCCAGUACAGGAGGCUGCUGGCCCAGAUGCUGCAGAAGGGGUGCCCCUAAUGAGGAAGAGACGCCGACAUGACUUAGACUGCGCACACCCAGGGAAGGUGCUGAGCGGGACCCUGGUGGCAGCCCCAUCUGGAUGUAAAACCUGGGCUCAAAUGUCUGUUACUCCGUUACUGUGAUUUCUGGUUGCGUCGCCGGGAUACUGCCCAUGAGACACAAAUUAUGUCCCUGCUGUAUUUCUUGCUUCAGUGUUGAAGUCGUGAAUAAAACCCUGCUCUUUACAUAGA